GCACUGAUGGGUACCAUGGACUUUAAGACAGACCCCAGUGCAGUAACCAUCAAUCUGCUGCUCAUUGUCCGCCCCGAGGAGGCAGCGAGCAAGGAGAAGGGGCAGCGAGAGGGGCACAAAGGAGGCAGCCGAGGCGCAGGUUUGGAGGAUUAUGGCAAUGGAAACAGCAACUCACAGCCACCUCAGAGGACAGACCUUAAGGGCUGGCGUGUCUCCAGGGAGCCCUGGGAGCAGACAAAACCCAUCACCUCGGUCUCUGACAAAGGAACCCAAGUGACAGUGGAGAUUCAUCCUGAGGAUUCAUCCUCCCGCAAACCCAUCAGGAUACACUCCUUGGAAAAAGGUUCCCAGCGGCUUCCUAGCCUGAGAGGACACGACAACAAAGGUUUCCAGGGAACCGAGGCCCCGCAGUCACCGGGACCAAAAGACCUGCAUGCAUAUCCAUGGGACAAAGCCUCUUUUAAAUCCCUGCCAGUAGAUCUGCAGCAAUUUCAGAAGCUGGAUGCCUACGCAUUAAAAGUGAACGUCAAGAGCAGCGUGGAGGACCUUGUCAAAGCCCUGCUCAAACAAGCCCGGACUGACCUGGAAAAGGUCCGAGCCAUAUGGAUGUGGAUAUGCCACCACAUAGAAUACGACGUCGUGGGCUACCACAACAAAAGCCAGCGGUUGAACGAGGCCAAAGACGUGCUUCAGACGGGCAAGAGCGUUUGCGAGGGCUACGCCGGGCUCUUCGAGCAAAUGUGCAGUAUUGCAGGGGUCCAGUGCAAGAAGGUGUCGGGACACUCCAAGGGACACGGGUACAAGAUAGGGCAGACCUUCACAGAGAAGUCUGACCAUGCCUGGAACGCUGUCUACAUUGAAGGAAGGUGGCAUUUGCUGGACAGCACCUGGGGAACUGGUUUUGUUGAUGAUUCUGUCACCAAGUUCACCUACAGGUACAAUGAGUUUUACUUUCUGACUCAUCCGGCUCUGUUCAUUAACACUCACUUCCCAGAUAACAGCAACUGGCAGCUUCUGAAACCCACCCUGACACUGAAGGAAUUUGAGAGCAGCAUGCUGUACAACAGCAGCUUCUACUCAUUGGGCCUGCUGGCUUCGCACCCAGAGACACCCAUCAUCCAAACAGUAAAUGGAAAAGCCUCUGUAUCCGUGGAUUGCCGCUCUAACACAUUAUUCAUGUUUGAGCUGAAGGGAACAGAUAAACACGGUUUAAUGACUUUGAAAAAACAUGGAAUGAAGCUGGACAUCUACCCACAGGAGACAGGGAGGCACAACCUGAAGAUCUUCGCCAAGCCCUCGAAAGCUGAGACUUCAGAACGUGCCUACGACUGCGUGUUGGAGUACGUGGUGGAGUGUGAGUCCGUGGACAAGGCCACAUGCCUCCCAAAGGACCUGCACCAGCCCGUGGGGCCCAGCUGGCUCUCAGAGCGCCAGGGGUUCCUGCGGCCAUCCCACCGCGAGCCCAUCAUCCACACCAACGACGGGCGCUGCUCCCUCACCUUCACCCUGGGCAAGGACAUCAGCGUGCUGACCUCGCUGCACGCCGAUGGCAGCAGCCCCGCCGAGGACCUGAGCAGGCAGCACGUCAUGCAAAUCCUCCGCGGGAACCAGAUCGAGCUCAAGGUCCACCUCCCACACGCGGGGAACUUCGUGAUGAAAAUCUACUCCAAGAAGAGGUCAGAUCCUGGUAGCUAUGACUACGUCUUCAACUACCUCAUCACGUGCCUGAACACGGAGGUGAAGUGGCCGGCCUUCCCCCAGCGCUACAGCAAGUGGAUGGAAGACUACGAAAUCCUGGAGCCGCUGUCGGGCCUGCUGCCUGCCAACCGCAACGUCCAGUUCAAACUCAAAAUGCACGGCAUAGCCAAGGUGCUGGUUCAGGCUGAGGACACUUACCCUCUCACCCACAACAAAGGCUGCUGGGAGGGAACCUGCAACACCUCGGGGUGCAGAGAGGUGUCUGUGAUGGUGCACGAGAAUGCCAACCACAGCUUUUACUCGUACGUCCUCAAAUACAAAGUUGAGACCCAGUAA